UCUCUCCCCCCUCCCUCUCCAACACUCCCAACUUUCUCCCCUCUAUUAAGUUCCAAGCUUCUUUCAAUCUGAAGUGAACAACAUAUUCCAAACAGGUGUUCCAGUAUAAUUAGACACCAUCCUUCCUCGUCACCCAGUCCUCUCCUCCUCCAUCUUUCUCUCAUCACUCCCUUUCUCCCAUCUUGUCUACUCCCAUACUGAACCAUCCAUCUCUCUCCCCUUUCCUCCUCCCGUUCUCCAUUCUUCAUCCCCACAUCCACCUCUGAACUGCUGUUAUCUGUGUCUCUACCUUCCUUCUGUCUUCAACCUUCCUUUCUUCUUUUUGGGGUUCACCCCCCUUCAAUAAUUUCCCUGCUUCUCUCUCUUCACCCUCUUUCCCGUCCUCUUCCCUCUUUCCCUCCCUUCCUCUCUCCAUCCGGCCUCUCUCGGCCUCUGGUAGAGGUCACCAUGUGGGCCAACUACAUUGUCCAGCCGGAGGAGGAUGGCCGUAUGGGGGUGGUAGGAGCAGGGCCCCAUGGGGGCCUGGCAGGGGUGAAGGGAGUUGGGCGUGCUACGAGGCGGACCCCUAGGAUGAGUGACAGCCAGGAGGGGAAGAUCAAGCUGGCGUUCUUUGUGGCCAUUGUGGGCGUGACCCUGACAGUGCUGGGGGUGGGAACAGAGUUCUGGGUGGAGCUGGCCACGCCCAAGACCUGGAGUAACAACCAGACGUGUCAGACAGCCCACUACGGCCUGUGGAAGGGGUGUACCCGCACCCUGUGGGUGGACGACAUCAACCCUGAGAGAGAGAGCUGUGGCCCCGCCGACCUGCCCGGAGAAUCCAACUGCACUUACUUCAAAUUCUUCACCAAUGGAGACAAUGCAAUCAUAUUUAUGAAGACAACCCACAAGAACCUGAACAUAGCGGCUGCUAUCCUAGCAAUGAUAGCUCUGUCUAUGAUGGUGAUGGGAGCAAUCUGUAUCACCAUGUCCCUCAGUAAAGGAGUGCCCUUCUUCCUCAAGCCCGCCUCCUUCUGCUUCAUCCUAUCAGGUCUACUGGUCCUGCUGUCUAUACUGGUGUUUCACCAGUCAGUGUUGGCCCUGUUGUCAUCUGACCACUCCAUACCGCUCCACCACGAGCUCUCCUGGUCUGUGGCCUGUGUGGGCUUCGCUGGGGCCAUCCUCAUCAUGGGGGGGAUCCUUUUCCUGAUCCUCUCCCUCCCCUAUAGCCCAUGGGAAAAAUGUCUGCCUCAACGCAACAGCAGCACUACCUAGCACAUGGGAGGCCAUGGGAGUUUUAUAUCAGGAUCGCAAUCAAACUCCAGUCCUCGAGGGAAGCACUGUCUACAGGUUUUAGUUGUCAAGUAUAAAUCAGACACUGAUAAGAACAACUACAACCAGUAGACACUGAUGGCACCCAGGAGUUGAGUUGGAAACCCCUGUUUAUAUUGUCAGUUAUAUUGUCAAACUAGACUGAAAGACUGACUAACUUGUAGGUUGACACAGUGUUUACUUAAUGCAAUAACAAUGAUGCUCACUAACUGUGCCUUGAACUCUACAAGCCUGCCGUAACGCCUGUGACCUUACCAGAAAACACUAUGUAGACCACAACUUCUCCACAUUUUGGCAUCAUGACCAACCUAUAGCUUUUAGAAGUUUCUGAUGACCUACCAAAGAACAAGCAAUGUUUCUAAGCAGAACACUACGUAGACCACAACUUCCCCACUUUUUGGCAUCAUGACCAACCUAUAGCGUUAAGAAGUUUCUGACGACCUACCAAAGAACAAGCAAUGUUUCUAAGCAGAACCCGGUCUUUACCAGGAGGGGUAAUGCUGGGUUAAACCAAACCAAAGCUUUGAUGUCUUAACUUGUCCAUUGACUGCUAACAGGGUGAGGAAACCAAUAUGUCAUUUAGUUAUUGAACUAGUUCUUUAAACACAACGCCAACCACACUGUAGUUGUGGAUAAAGACCCAGCAUUUAGUUAUUGAACUAGUUCUUUAAACACAACGCCAACCACACUGUAGUUGUAGAUAAAGACCCAGCAUUUAGUCAUUGAACUAGUUCUUUAAACACAACGCCAACCACACUGUAGUUGUAGAUAAAGACCCAGCAUUUAGUCAUUGAACUAGUUCUUUAAACACAACGCCAACCACACUGUAGUUGUAGAUAAAGACCCAGCAUUUAGUCAUUGAACUAGUUCUUUAAACACAACGCCAACCACACUGUAGUUGUAGAUAAAGACCCAGCAUUUAGUUAUUGAACUAGUUCUUUAAACACAACGCCAACCACACUGUAGUUGUAGAUAAAGACCCAGCAUUUAGUUAUUGAACUAGUUCUUUAAACACAACGCCAACCACACUGUAGUUGUGGAUAAAGACCCAGCAUUUAGUCAUUGAACUAGUUCUUUAAACACAACGCCAACCACACUGUAGUUGUAGAUAAAGACCCAGCAUUUAGUUAUUGAACUAGUUCUUUAAACACAACGCCAACCACACUGUAGUUGUAGAUAAAGACCCAGCAUUUAGUUAUUGAACUAGUUCUUUAAACACAACGCCAACCACACUGUAGUUGUGGAUAAAGAUCCAGCAUUUAGUCAUUGAUCUAGUUCUUUAAACACAACGCCAACCACACUGUAGUUGUAGAUAAAGACCCAGCAUUUAGUUAUUGAACUAGUUCUUUAAACACAACGCCAACCACACUGUAGUUGUAGAUAAAGACCCAGCAUUUAGUUAUUGAACUAGUUCUUUAAACACAACGCCAACCACAGUGUAGUUGUAGAUAAAGACCCAGCAGUGGGGUGCAGCAUCCUGUCUGUACUAUAAACUAUGUACUAACCAUUACUUAUUGAUAGCGUUACUUAGCCAAUGAAAUGGUAACAUGGUAACCAUGGUAACAUGUAGGUCACUACCGUUGCUAAGGGAGGAGAUGCUAUAUUGUUUCCAGGAAGUGGCAUAGCCAUCCCUGCUACAUGAAACGCCUUGCAGGUUGUCACUAUUAAUCUAUUAUGAAUGUUUAUGACGUCUUACACUUAAUACCUAGAAAUAAUAUAUUAUCUAUUUAUUAUCUACACAUUGUCCACAUGAAUGAAUGUUGUUUUUACGUAAGAAUGUGUGAAUGAUUUAAUGUAUGUAUGGAAGAUAAAGAUUUAUAUUUGAGAGUGUAUUGUAUAGACUCACUUUACACGCACAGCUCUGUAUAUAAAAUAUGUGUUUGUAUUUUAUUUAUACCUGCACACUGUAGCCUUUUGUUCAAGCUUAGGGGGGUGUUUUUAGUUUUUAGCUUAUUCAAACCCUUUUUUCAUCAUGUGUUUUAUUUGUCAUAAUAAAGCCCACCUUGUCUUUCUCUACCUACAUGUUUGUUUGUGGAAAUGCACAUUGUGCCUAAAUGGUCCUAUGAUCAUAUGUAUGUCUCACUGGGUUUGCUUUUGAAAUAAAUAGACUUGACAU